GAAGAAGAGUGAGAUCGAUCAAUACUGAUUCUGAAUGGCAUCGCAAAGUAAGAAAUAGCAGGUUAUCAUUCCGACCUGUUGCUGCUUCAAUACCUAUCUGAAAAAACACAAUGUCUUUAGGUAAGGCCGCUGUCAGAGUGGUGUAUUUAGGCAGGAUUUCCUACCACAACGCCUUGAAGAUACAGCAACACCACAUACAGCAGCAUCUUGAUUCAUCUAAUAACAACCCAAACACGUUACUACUAUGUGAACAUGAGCCUGUGUACACCAUUGGCAUCAGACAGAAACCUUACCCUCCUGAAGAGGAACAAAGACUGAAAAACCUAGGCGCAGACUUCUUCCGUACAAACCGAGGUGGUCUGAUAACUUUUCAUGGGCCUGGUCAGUUAGUGUGUUAUCCAAUCCUAAAUCUGGGCUGCUUUAAGAAGAGUGUAAGAUGGUAUGUGUGUGAAUUGGAAAGGACUGUGAUCAAUACAUGCAGUAAGUUUGGGAUCAAAGCCUCAACAUCUCCAGAUACCGGUGUAUGGGUGGGCAACAACAAAAUAUGUGCAAUCGGUAUCCAUUGUGGAAGAUACAUAACAUCCCAUGGUUUGGCUCUUAACUGCAACACAGACAUGAGUUGGUUUGAUAACAUUGUGCCAUGUGGGCUCGUGGGGAAAGGUGUGACGUCACUGAGCCGGGAGCUGGGGCGGGAUGUCCCAACAGAAGAAGCCAUUCCAAAACUACUGGGGGCCUUCAAUGAACAGUUCAACUGCCAUCUAAUGGACAAUAGUAGCUGUGGUUUAAGAAAAUAUGUAAUAUAAAUGACUCAUGCAGUCUAAAAGUUUUUUUUUAAUUAAAAGAAUAUUUAAAUCUGGUUGCUAUUUGUAUUCUUUAAAUGUAUGGGUAAACUACUACGGUGAUACAAUUGUCCAGUGAUGGUAUAAUAUGGUAACACCAAGGUACUUUAUGUGAUGCUGUGUGUAAAAUCCAGGCUAAAGUUUCAUGAUGUAAUGAUGAGAUUGAAGUGUCAAAAUUUAAUUUGAGUUUAAUGUUAUGAAGAUUAUAUUUUCACAGAAUGUUCUUUACAUUAUGUAGGUUGAGUUUAUGUAGAAAACAGUAAAUCACAAAAAGAUUUACCUGGAUCUUUACAGGUGGGUCACAUAAAUCCUAAUGAUAUUGUCUCUCACUCUCUUCUAAAGUAAAACUCCCUGUGUCCGAUAUUGUAUAUGACAGUAUGUAAUGAAUUAGAUGAAUUACCAACUCAUCGACCUUUAAAACAGUAUGUUCUGUAUACAGUAGUAUGAAUAUGGAUGAAUAGAGCUGCAUUACUGCAUUUUUUAAUACGACGACGCCACUGCUUCUUCUUUGGGACUACACUGUAAAAAGUGAAAGUUUGAUCUACUUAAAAAUAAUGACUUCAAUAGGGAUCACUUUAAAAUGUAAGCUUUAUUUAAAUACUUAAAUUAUUCACUUAAAGUAAAAUAAAAUAAAAAUGUUGGUGUUACCAGUUGAAGUCAAGUUUCAAGUCAACUUUGGGAUAGUAAAGUGUGUGUCCAUUGAAUGCACACUUCAAAAUCUUCCCGGAACAGUUUUUGCCUACUGUUUUUUUUAAUACUAUGAUUUUCGGACAUAGUACUAGCCUCGUCUACUGAUUUUCACCUACUAUAUACAGUAGUAUAUUUAUUGGACACCGCA